GGGUCGGGGGAGGAAAAGGAGGGCGAGGACCAUAGAGACGAAGAGGUGGCGGCGGCCGGAGCGCCCCGGGCUCUCGGCGCUCCGCAGGCUCAGGUAGACUUGGCGGCGGCGGCGGCGGGGCGGCGGCUGCCGAGGCCCGGCCGGCGGGGCGAGCGCGGGCCGUGGAGCAGCAGGCCUCAGGGGUGAACCGUUUGAUGUAAGACUUGACUCCAUACUCUCCAUCUGCCCUAAUGCUGUCAUCCGGAAUAGAGACUCAGCCAGUGCCACUUGAUUCCUCCAUGUCUGCCGUGGUACAGGAAUUAUACUCUGAACUCCCAGUAAGCAUCUCCAGAGAGCUUCAUGCUGUCCCUGGGCCACGGGUGAUUCCAGAUGUAAAACCUGGAGCCUCAAGCUCUCUUGUAAGUCAGAGUAGGGCAGUGCCCUCGGAGCUGCAGAGGACUCAUGCGGAGAGUCGUGAAAAAACCUCUGAGACCUCGGAUCGAGGGGGAGAGCCUGGGCGGUGUGGGCUGGUGGACUCCCCGGCAGGAGCGUCUGUGGCUUCUGGAACCUUGGAUAGGGAAGAGAGAACCAAGAGCAUGGAGCUCACGGUCUUCAGAGAUCGAGGGGACCGGGUGAAACUCACAAAAGACCCCUGUAAGGGAGCAGAGAGAGGCCCAUGUCAACAUUCCACAGCCUCUGAAGGAAAGAUCAGCCCAAGUCAGGAGGACCCCCGGAUGCCGUCGCGUGAAGAGCUGUUAUGCAUGGACCUCCCUGAGGAUCGUCUGAGGAUCAGAGAAGGAAAUGAACAAAUUACAACUGAAAUUCUGUCAAAAUCUGCUGAACAAGUCCAAGGUAUGAAGGUCAGUGGGACUGAGACAGAUACUAAUGAUGGAUACAAGAACGGCAGCGUGAGUAAAGAUCUCUCGGCUGAGUGCAGCGAUGACCCGGACGUAGACAAAAUCAUGACCAGUGGUGAGUUUUCAGAAACCGGCACAUUAGUUUCCCUGGAGCCUUUGAACUUUGCGAAGCCUGGGUCAACAGAAGCAACUCCUAAAGAAAAAGCACGUGAAGAAUUAAAACCUUGUUCUUCUUCGUUGUCAUUGUUACCAGGGAACAGUGCCAUUUGCAAAGUGGACGAUGGGAAGGAAGAGUUGGGUAAGCUGAGCCUUGUCUGUGAAGCAGAUGACAAUCGCCACCAGAUUGCUCACCACCAUGAUGAAAAGCCCGGAUCUGCACCCGGCAGUCCCAGCCCCAGGAGAAAUGUAGCUGUCGAACCCUUAGGAAAAAAUUCUGAAGUUUCAUGUUUCCAAUCAAGUUUAUCUGAUCCAGAAUCCAGAACAACAGCCUUAGAAAAAUGCAGUCUUGCAGGUGAUGGCUUGCUAAAGAGAUCUGCUGAAAAGACAGAGGGUUCCUGUGUUGAUGAUAACGGUCAAAGCAAGAACUUGGCUUCUAGAGAAGAAAAUGAAGAACAGUGUUUGAACUGCAGGUCUGACGGGGGGGAAUUCUUUCUUGUGAAUGCCAAGCAACCAGAAGAGGAUGUGAGUGGUCAUUGUUCUGGAGAAAAAGAGACUUUUGCCUCCCUGAAAGAAAAUACCCACAAUGGCUAUUGCCUUCAAGGCAGUGUCCACACAGACAGCUCCAGUUCUCUAAGGCCCACGUCUUUUCCCGAAGCCACGGAAGUCAUGUUUAAAAAAAAAGACUUGAAGGUCACGGUAGACAUGCAAGGUAGCUUAACCGACCCUGAGGACCAUAGCGAAACUUCUAAUAUAAGCCACCCAGGCAGACACUCUGAAGAAAGCAGUUCUUCCUCUUCGAUGCAGAUCGAAGAGCCAGAACGGACAACCACUAUCAAGCCUGGUAUGUUAAGUGAAAAGAUGUACAGUAAAGACCCUAACUCCGCAGUCAGCACUCAGAGAAAUCUGGAAGGUGACACCCAGUUAAGUGAAGUGUUAUAUAGUGACUUUAUGAUUGAAAAAAAUGCCCUUGUGAGUUUAACGCCAGAGGACCAGAUAAGUCUUGUAAAUGAGGAAUCAAAACCCAAGAAAGAUGCUGCUCAGCUAUUACCGUCUCUAGAGUUUGGUUGCAGACCUGGGUCAGAAAAGUCUGUACAGACCUCACAGGACGGUGUUCCACAUUUAGGUGAACAGAGCAUUGCCUGUGAGAUGAAUGAACCUCCCUCUACUGAGGAACUGGUCUUAGACAAAACGGAAAGCGAAUGUGUUUUAAAUCAAGUGUCCCUUAAUUCUCAAGAUCAUGUGACAUCGUCAGCUGACAAAGAGUUGCCUUUAGCACUAAGCGAGGAUUCCCACCAGAGCCAUCACCCUCCAUUAGCGGAUGGAGCCAGCGUCCUUCCUGAUGCCCAGACCGUCCCCAUGAACUCAGAAAUGAAAGACAUCUCUCCGCCAGGUGACGAAACCUGUGGUGCCUCAUCAAACAAUUGCACCUUAAAUAUCAAACCUGGAAGCCCUCAAAGAAAAGACAAAAUGGCUGAUUCAAGAACAGAAGAUACACAGUCCAGACUUCUGUCAUGUAAGAAAGAAGUAGCAGUCUUGCCUCCAGCGGUCUCUGUCAUGGAUUGUCAGAGUGUUCAACCUCAGCAUCACUCUAGCUGCCAUUGUGUUGGAAAUGCACCAGGAGAGAGCACGUGUUCUGUGUGUGCUGCUGAUGAGUUUAGAAGAAUCAUCCUGGAAAGUGAAAACUCUUCGAAAAUCAACUCUGAAAAUGCAUUUCAGCACAGCGGUCACUACUCCCCAGGAAGGGAAGACUCCGUGGAAAGAAGCAUCCAUGAAGUGAGUUGUACAUCAGAGGGAAGUGAACUUAACAGAAGAGAAACUAAGGACAGCCUUCCAGGAGAUAAGAUCAGACACGAAAGGACAGUAGGUAUGUUAAAUAGUGAAGCUUCCAACAAGACCAUUCACAGCACCAAUCACAUCCAAUCCAGGGAGGAAGGGCUAGAAUUAAAGGAACAGAAUAUACCCAAAGAGACUAUGUCUUAUAAAUAUAACAUCUCUGGUUGUGCCGCACAAGAACUAAACCAAUCUGUAAACAUUCCAAAACCUGAAAAAGGAUUGGAGCUGUCUCCUGCUAAGUGCUCCAGUUUUAAAAACAUGAAUCAAGCUGUUAAAACGCUUGAUCAGAAGACAGAUGAAGUCCUUGACUACCGGAGUAACCCAGACAGACCAGAUGCAUGUAGAAGUGAAGAUAAACCAGCUAAGAGGACACUAGGUAGUGACCAGAGACAGACCAUCACAGAGCCUAACACAGGGGAAAGCCGUCACCAAAAGAACCUGCCAUUUAGUUCAGGCAAUAACAACUCACUGUCUGGGGGUAGUCGGAAGAAAGGCUAUUUGAAAGGAGGCUUUGAAAGGGUUCCUAGUUGUGAUAAGCCCACAGGUGGUAGGGUAGGCAUUGCCUACACAAACUGUAACAAUAAGCCUACACAAGGCAUGCUGGACUUGCUUGGCGGUGUACGGCGAGGUGGACUGGCAUUGAUUGAAACCUCAAGGAGUACCCUGUCUCAGAGAGGAGACCUGAAUGCUGCAUUUACAGGACAGAUUGACCAGGAUUCAGAACUCCCAGAUGCCACUUCCUCUGCAGUAGAAUCACUUAAAAUAAAAAAAUCAUGUGAAGAGAAAGUUUGCAGGUUGUUAAACGAUUGUGAAAUGGAAGUGCGUCCAGACCCUUGUGCAAAUGAGAUAGAGUCUAUUGCGGAUCAUGAGCCAAAUACAAGAAUAUUGGAUAGAGUAAACGUGUCUUCAAAUCAUAUUCAUCAUGAACAGCAAGUUAAAGAAGCAUCUCUGAAAGAAACACAAGGGAUGAUUGAAAAAUCAAGACUAGAAAUACAUUCUGAGUUUGACAAGGAAAAUACCUUUGGAAUUUCCUCCGAAGAGUUGGUGUCUUCUGGACACCAAGAUGAGAACUCUGUCCCCCCAGCGAGCCUGAAAUCCAUUGAGAUAACGCCGUUGUGUCUGUCUGCUCAAGAAACAUCAGAAGCUAAUAUUAAAAGUGAAGACACUGACCUAAAAAAUAUUUCUAAACCAAAAGAGGGUGGAAUGCUUUGUGAAAAGGUUGAGGAUUGCACAGUCCUGCCUGAGAUGAAGGAAGGAGAACCAAGGAUUACUGGGAAUCCCGGCAAAGGAAACAGCAUUGACAUCAGUAUGAAGAAUUUGCCUUUGAUGACGGAAACAGAAACUAAAGUGAAAGGGGAAGAAGCCAAAGAACAUCAGAGGGGACCGCCAGAUCCCUUAGCUGCUGGGGAGGAGUCUGACGAGAGGAUCGCCAGGGAAGAUGGUCACGGUGAUGGCAGGAGUGAGAUUCCUCAGAUACGUGGCACCUCCCGGAGGAUGCGUGGUGAUACUGAAGAGCAGCAGAGCCGGAGGAAUCUGGACUCCGUGAUGCAGAAGGCCGAGCAGUGUGACCAUCAAAAGGAAGCACAUACGAUAUUGGAACAUUGUGAUGUGUUGUCAGAGGAAGUGCAAAAUGAGGACCAGCCUAAGGAUUACAAAUGUGAGUACACCAGGAUGAGAGAAGUGCCCCCAGCACAGCUGGCCCAGGCCAACACGAACGCACGGCCUCAGAAGUUGAAGGGCCCGCAGGAGGGGAAAUUACGUCAUCCGUUAAAAAAGGACAUGGCGCUGUGCAUGGGUCCUCGCCUUCCUAGCGCCCCCCAGAAGUCACAGGACGCCAGCUCCGCGAGGUGUUACGAGAUACACGGUGCCUUUGGGAAUGCUUCCCAUCAGAAAGGAGCGCUUCCCUUAAAGAAGCAGCCGCAUCGGGCGUGUAAGAAAGUUUCCUGCCAGGAGCAAGCCCACGUGGGGAGGAAAAUAAGUAAAAUCAGGAAUGCUGCCUUUUUAAAGAGUUCCCCCGAAACCAUCCCCACCAGAGCGCACAGGUUUCUCAGUUCUCCCGCUCUGUCUGCACCCUCACGACUGGACCCCGAAACAGUACCCAGCGGGAGCCCCGUUGGGCACAUACCAAAGCAGAAGGCUGCCCCGUGCCAUCUCUUAAGGAGCCUGAACGCCAGGAAGCCUACCAAAGACUCAGCCUUACUCAGCAAGCUGUCCGUCCUCGCCUCCAGACUGGCCCCGGCCCCCAAGACCCCCAAGCUGAGGUACCGGCGGGGUUCCUCUGAGCUGCUCCCGGUGGCUAAGAGCUACAAGCGGCUCCGGUGUAAAAGGCUCCUGGACAGAUUCUCAGACAGCAUGAUGCAGCUGAACCCCUAUCUGACAGCCAGCAGCUGGGCCCAGAGGCCUCAUAGUAAGCCCUUGACACUGUAUCCCCUCGAAGCCAUCAAAAUGAGCUUCGUAGAUUUGAGCGACAAGAUGCCGCUGCUGCUGUUCGGUUCUGGAAUCUUCCCGAUAUCCUUUCACGUGAAGUCAGGCUCCGAGCGCGUGCCUGAGUCCCCACGGACUUUUCCCGAGCACUGUGCUCCCGCGAGGCUUGCCUUAGGGGAGGCCUCCCCGUGCCCUUCGCAACCCCCCCGGUGGACCUUUUCCUUCUUCCUGUCCCACGCUUGCCCUGGGAUGGCCGCGUUCAGGGAAGACACCGGCCUCCGUGCUCAGGCGCACGCCCAGGCUCCUGCACAGCCCCCAGCUCCCCUCCGGGACUGCGGGGGCGCCGCGGUGGUCCAGGCCAGAUCAGGCUGCUCCGCCCUUGGCCUUCACACACUCCUAGCACUUUGUUCCCCGGGAUGCUACCGGAUCUGGACAAAAAAACGGAGCUUCUCCAGUCACAUGCCUGCCAUGCAGAGGCUCUUCGUGACUCAGUUUACACAGGGCCUGAGAGGGUUCCGGUCUCCGGCCUCCGUCGCGGACAAGAUCUUCUGUUCUCUGCCCUAUUCGGUGGGCCGAGUGCUGUCCGUUUGGAGCCAGCACGGGCCCUCUGCCUGCCCCUUCGAAGCCUCUGCUCUGCAUGCCGCUCACGGCAAGCGGCAGCCAGCUCUGGACAUCGCGAGCAGCCACACCAUGUUACCAUAUGUGCCUCUUCCAGGCAUGGAAGCUACUUACAACGCCAGUGGCAGUCCGAUAAGGCUAGAGCCUCCAUUCCCUGCGCUGGCACCAAAGUCUCGCUUGGUAGCAGACUCGGCCGUCGGCAAGCUCCUGCUGUCAGCCUCGGAGUUCGCGGUUCCCGGAUUAGACGAGCUGGAUGGUGUGACGGCAGCGCGCCCCCGGCCGCAGAGCAGCCCUCCGGAACAGAAAGAGGCUGAGCCCGAGAAGAGGCCAAAGAAAGUCUCCCAGAUUCGAAUCCGGAAAACCAUUCCCAAGCCAGACCCUAAUCUUACCCCCAUGGGCCUCCCUCGUCCCAAAAGGUUAAAGAAAAAGGAGUUCAGUUUGGAAGAAAUAUAUACCAACAAGAAUUAUAAGUCUCCUCCUGCAAACAGGUGUCUAGAGACCAUCUUUGAGGAGCCUAAGGAGCGAAACGGUACGCUCAUCUCAAUCAGCCAACAGAAGAGGAAGCGCGUUCUAGAAUUUCAGGAUUUCACCGUCCCACGAAAGAGGAGAGCUCGAGGGAAGGUCAAGGUGACGGGCAGCUUCACCAGAGCCCAGAAGGCAGCACUGCAGAGUCGAGAGCUGGAUGCCCUUUUGAUACAGAAACUGAUGGAACUGGAGACCUUCUUCGCCAAGGAGGAGGGAGAGGAGCCAUCCCCGGGGUGCUGAGGAUGGCGCGUCUUCAUGGAAGAGGUUGGCCCGGUGCCCAGACUGUCCAGACUGUGACCCACGGCUUUUUCCUGCCUCGAGGUGCAGCCUCUUUAGAAACUGGUGACGAGGGCCCCCUGCUUCUCCUGCUGCGCCCGGAGCCUCCGGAGCCUCCUUCCUUCUGGACGUGGUCCUGAGCGACCUCUGACCUCUGUGCCAUCCACACGGGGGCCGCAGCGCGCCUUGGACGACACUAGAUUCCACGGGCUCCGGCCUCGGCGUCCCUGUGGGAGCGUCACGUGUUUACGGUGGUGCUAGACCAAGAUGGCUGACGGGUGUUGCCCAGGGAGGGGGCCUGGCGUCCUCGCCUGAGGGGCCCCGAGGCUCGUUUCAGUAGCCGAGGAGCGAUAAGCCUGUGGUGUACCCUGCCCUUUGAGUCCCUCUGCCCAGAACCUGGGGUGUGCGUGUGUGUGUGUGUGUGUGUGUGUGUGCGUGCAUAUGUGUGUGUGUGUCUUUUUCCCAUCAUUUUUUCUCCCCUCCGUGACUGUGGGUCACUAGUGCCAGAGGGGCCAUCCAGGCCCCAUUCAAAGUAAGUUGCACUUUUUAAUGUUGUGUUUUUUCAUUUGUUUUAUUCCUUUUUUUUUAAUUGCUGCAUGUUCAGAGCCUUUUAAAUGUGAUUUUAAAACAAUUUUUUAAGACAUUGAGGAGAAAGAUGAUACAUGUCUGCAGAAUAGAUGGCAGGCGUCGGGCCCAGUCUGGGACAGUGGAGAGACACGCUUCCACCCGCGUGUCUCAGCAGUCCCCUCCCCAUCUCUCUCGUGCACUUCGUUAGAGGGAGCACUUCUUUCCUCUGGACCCUCAUUCCUGCGUGCUAAGUAGAUGUAUUAAUUUUAAUGACGGAAGUAAGAGCAGGUUUCUCUCCCAAUCAUUUUUAAAGUGUGCAGGCUGGGUGUGGUCUUUUAAUGGAUUUUAUCUGCAGUGUUGGAAUGUAACAAAGCUGGGUACAACAGUACGGGCGGCGGAAGAGGCCGGCCCGCUGUUUGCAGCUGUCGGAGCAGCCGGCCCUGAGAGUGGGGGUUGGGGGGUGUCCCCACAGUUCAGGCUCAGCACUGUGUCCUUGCGGUGGGAUCAGGAAUCCCACGGCUGGCACCGCUGAGGACACCUCUUUUGCUCUGGGCUCCUGUGUCGAACCUUCUGGGAAUGUGGAAUGCCGGUGCUUGCUGAGCUGCUGUGUGCCCACGGGAGUCUGGGCAGAAGGAUGCGUGUGGGUUAGCAGGCCCAGAGGUUUCAUUCCUUUCCCACUAAUCCCUGUGUGCGAUCCUUUGUCCCGUUCCCCUCUUCCCUUGUGUUCUCGCGCGCGCACUCUCGCUCGCUCUCUCUCUCUCUCGCUCUCUCUCUCUCUCUCUCUCAAAACAAGAGUUCAGAGAAUGACAUUCCUUGGCUGGAGCUGCAGAUGCUUUGGAGCAGGCCUGUUAGAGGAGCGAGCGUGCCGCCUGGGAUGUGUCUCCCAGGUUUCUUUUGUUCCUCGUUUGUUAGUGGGGAGACAGGUGGGCGGGAGGGCUCUGCGUGCCUUUCCUUUGCAGGUGGACAGUCUGUGCCAUGCUGCAGCAGAGAGAGGACAGGAGCCGGAAAAAUCAAAGGGCACGUCUGUCUCAGACACAGCCUAGCACGUCCCAUACGCACCUGGAGCCCCCGGGCUCCCAGGCCAGGGCCGACAGCGUCAGGAGGCCAGCCUCCCCCCCCACCCCACCCCGGCUCUGAGGGAGCGAGCCCGUUCCGCCCUGCACGUCCAUGUGGCCUAGACUGUGUGGACUCGGUCCUGGAGCAGGGCCCGCGGGGCUGCUGUCUUGCUUCAGGGCAGGGUGAGGAAUGCAGUGGCCCUUGCACAAUCGUGUUCAGGGAAGCACUGCUGGACAAGCUCGCAGACUCCCCGUGAGUCACCGGAGCCUGUUUGCGGGCACCCGAGGGGUAGCCGAGUCAGCGAUGUGGGAGCCACGCCAUCCUGCAGGCUGAAGUUGAGGUGGGCACAGCUGUGGCAUCACCAGCAUCACAGUUCAGGCUUCAGGUUUGCCUGGGAGAGGCAUGGCAUUGUCUGGGCCAGCUGCAGUGGUUUGGGACCUUGGCCUCUGGGAGGGGAGAAUGGGUGGAAAUGGAGACCGGAGCUCCCUCCUUUGUCCUGAGAACUUGGGGAGAAGCCUGCCUGUGCUCUGGCCAGGCCUUUCCCUGCCGCAGAGUUAAGAAUGGCCCCCACUGCGAACGUGCAGCUGCUUACCUAGAGGCGCUGGAAGGGCGCUAGCCACGCUGAGGCACAAGUGUCUUAACCCCUGUCCUCCCCGCUGGCUGGCCAGCUGCAGCGCUGUGUGUGGGGACGGCUGAUGACUGAGUGGGCGCUGGUACAGUUCCUAAGCUUGGGGGUUUCCUUCCGAAGUAGCGGGAGUUCUAGUUAACUAUAACUCACUCGGCUCUGGUUUAGGGUCACUAAGACGGGAAAGGGAGGAGAGAUCUCAGGUCCAAUUGGGGUUCCACCCAUCAGUUUUUCGCUGAGUCUGUGAACUAUGGGUUUCCUCGUCUUUUAGCUUGUAGCUGUCUUUGCUUUGCCACCCACCUUCCCCGUCCUUUCCUUUGGCCCCCUUUCCAGCUUCAGUCCUUCAUACCUCAUCCCCUUCCAAACCAGAUUAUGUCCACUUGUUCUUACUGACCUUACUCUGAGGGCUUCAGCCGAGGGAGGGGCAGUGGAAAGACAUGUAGCGGUUGCCUUACUGGAGCCUGAAAAGCUCAGAAACUCAUGCUGUGAAUCCCCAAACUCUGUGCUCCUCCAAGAGCUGUGGAAAUCAUGACACUUUGUCACAGUUUUGCCUGAAAGAGUCUUGAGUGGGUGCCAGAGCCAGUCGGAGGUAAAUUCCAGAUCCCAUCCCCCGGGCAGGACCCUCCGUCCCCAUCCCCUCCACCCCCCACCCCCACUCUGUCCUGCCCGCCAGGCCAGGAGCUGUCCCGAGGACGCCGGGCUGGGGCGGGGCCUCCAGCUUUGGUGCAGCCUCGCCUCGCCGGGCCAGAACGCCAUCUCUGUCCCACGCGCACGAGCGUCCGCGAGAGACCAGCUUCAGGCAGCUGUCCUUGCCUCCCGGUCCCCGGGGCGGGAGGUGUAUGCAGUUGGUGCUUUUUAAAAUUCUCCUGUUUUGUUUCUGUAAGCUUUUCCCCCUGGUAUCAUGGAAAGGACCUCUUAAUCGCCACCUUGUGGGUGGCUGUAUCCAAAGUCUAAAUAAUCGGCCAGAUGAGGGAAGGGCUCCCUCACCACAGCUGAUCUCGUGCAGAGGCUGGCUGGGGAGCAGGCUGCUCUAUUCCAAUCAAAUGUGAUGUCCUCUGACGGCCCCCGGGCAGCAAAGGCAGAGGGCGCCCCGUCCAGCCCGCCGUCCAGCGCAGCACCGUCAGUCUCGAUGCUUGUUCACUGUGCGUCCUCACGAGCCCCUCUCUGGUGCUGAAUCGGAUUUGAAUUGUGGUGAGAGGCCUCCGCACCUCCGUGGGCCGGGCUGGCCAGUACGCAGCUGCCCGGCGUGUUUAUAUAUUAUCACGGUCAAUAGUUCAGUGAGAUUUUGUACAUUUUUGGUAACAUUGGCAUACAUGAUGCCCCCGCAGCUCCUGUUCUGUUUGGUAGUUUGUGCCUCUAAAAUUCCCACUGUUAUGUGUGUUAAUUUAUGAAAAUAAAGAAUUUUUGAAACCUUUC